CCAAUAAAACCUGCCACCAACAUGUCCUGGGUGUUUCAUCUGCUGUGGAUGUUUCUGGUGCUGAUGCUGUUUUUCAUCGUUCUGCGCCGGAUAUAUUACUUUGGACUGCAAGUGCAUCGACCAGCAGCAGCCACAUCGCGCACUCAAACUUCCCAACGCUUCGCAGUUUUCACCAUUUAUCAGAACGAACUACGACCAACAGGGCCACAACAACAGCCAUCGGAACGUAGUCAACCUCCUGCAUAUCCUGAACCACCACCUCCACCAAAGUAUGACGAAGUGAUAAAAUCACCGGACUUGUUCCAAAAACCACCACCAUACACAGCGACUGCUGAAGCAUAA